ACAUAAAUAUUUAGCACGUCGUGAGACGUGACCUUGUAUGUUUUAACACUGUCCCCCAAAAUGACCAUCUACUGUCUAUUUUAUUGCUGUUAGGCUAUAUAACAUUCCUCCUCACAGAGCAGUUCGGGUUUGAUCGGUGAAUAAACGUUUACAUUGAUCAACAUUAGGAAAAGCAAAACGUAGAAGCCCAUGUACAGCCAAUAGACAUUGGCCAAGUUCCUAGUUUUAUGGAGAAACCGAAACCUGACGCGUUUUCAUCGGAAACCGGACAUCUGUAGGUGGUUCUCAAAUCUUUGCUGUUUGUCGAACUGCUCGCUGUCCUUUUAUUCGUCUCUAUUGACUACACAAUAGAGAAAGUAAGUGAUCGAAUGGCUUUUUAUCAGCAACAACCGUUUUACAAUCCGAGAAUCCCAUUCAGUGGCCAAAUCCAGGGAGGCCUGGAGAAUGGAAAGAGCAUUAUCAUAAGUGGACGGGUUUUACCAGGGGCUAACAGAUUUCAUGUGAACCUUCAGUGUGGUUCUCAUUCUGGGGCUGAUAUUGCUCUGCACUUUAACCCACGCUAUGAGAGCCCUGGGUAUGUAGUGCACAACACCUUCCAGAACAGGUCCUGGGGCUCAGAGGAACGCAAAUAUGAAUCUCCCUUCCACCAAGGCCAAGCAUUCACCCUCCAGAUCCUUGUCGAGCAGGACAAAUACAAGAUAUCUACUAACGGGAGACACUUCAUGGACUAUAGACAUCGCAUUCCAUUCACUCAGGUGGACACCAUCUCGGUGGAGGGAAUGGUGGAGUUGAACUCUAUUGCCUUCCAGACUCCUGCGCCAUAUUUACCUCCACAACCAGCCUUUCCAGGUUAUAUAGCAGCUCAAGCAGGAUUUCAGCCUCAGUAUGCUGUGCCUCAGUAUGCUGUACCUCCAGGAUGUGGGUUCCCGGCAUACCCAUCUGCACCCAACUAUACUAUCCCAUACAAAACCGUCAUCAAUGGUGGACUUCAGCCUGGCAAAAACCUUGUCAUCCAUGGAGUUAUCAAUCCCAAUGCUAACAAAAUAACAUUUAACCUGCGCUAUGGAAGUGGGAUUGCAUUGCACUAUAAUCCCCGUUUCGAUGAGAGAUUGGUUGUGCGCAACACCAAACAGAUGGAGCAGUGGGGUACAGAGGAACGAUCCGGAGGCUUGCCGUUUCAAAAAGGACAACCUUUUCAGGUCACCAUCUCCUGCAAUCCCCAUCAUUACAACGUGUUUGUCAAUGGCAAACAAGUACACACUUACAAACAUCGUUAUACAAAGCUGAACGAAAUUGAUAUUUUGGAGAUUUCCGGAGAUCUGCAGCUGACUUUAGUGCAGGCUUAACAGGGAUCUGUGAUGUUUCAUUUUGAAAUCACUUUUAAAAGAAAGAUACAGGAAAUCAUUGCCAAUUGUUAAAAGUAGAAUUGCUUUCAAAUACAGAAAAAUGGCUGACUGUAUUUUGAAUAACAUAAAGCCCUUUUUGUUAUUUUGGCUUGCUGUAGUAUUAUGUAGCAUAUUAUGUAUGUGGUAUUACAGUAUAUAACUGCUUAUUUCUAUAUAGCCAUAUUGAAACUCUCAAUACUCUUUCUGCAUAUUUAAACUAAUGAACUAUAACACAAAUAAACAGCAUAAAAAUGUUCUAAUUAGUAUACCUUAUAUAUCUUUCCAAAAUGUCAUGAAUUAUGUCAAAUUAAGAAAAGCAAGCCUGUUUUAUUUUUUCUAAAUAGUGAAAUGGAUGAUGCUGUUAUUGAUUACAAUGACACCAUUUUUUGUUUCCCAACAGCAAGCCCUAAUGCAAUAAAGUUUUGUUUUUAGCAAA